GGGAAUUGGCCCUUGUAUUUAUUCACAUUUUCAUGUUCUAUGUAUCGACACUUACCGGUGACCGUGGCACAGUGGUUAAGGCGUCCUCCUCGGGAUCAGGAGGUCGAAGGGGGAUGUUUGUCAUGGGACUCGUUCCGAAAAGGCCGGUUCGUGAGCCACGAGCAAGUUAGAUGAACGGUUACCGACUUCUAUCCGCCCGGCCCUUCGCAAAGUGCUAGGAGUUGGGAGGCAGGUGGUACGCACAAUAAAUGUGUCUCAUAAACCGAAUUGGCUAGCCCUUUUAAAAGGGGUGACACGAUAAUAAGCAAGACCUUUACCCUAAUUUUUUAUAAAAUAGACAUUAGAAAUGCGCAGAAACAUCAGUGCCGUAACAAGCCCUGAAAAAACACGAAGGCAGAAUUCAUAUAUUUGUAUUAUAAUGUGUGUAUGAAUUAUUAUUUUGUAAUUGAUUUUAUUUACUUUUAAUGUCUAUUCAAUGUACAUCUAUUACAUAUAUAUUGCAUUUCAAUUUUAUCUUAAAGUUAAACAUGUAACCAAUUUGCCGGGUCACGAAUUCUGUUUGCAAUGUUGUAAACAACAGGUGUUAUAUGUAUGCUACAUCACGUUCCUUAUUAACAGUAUCCUUGUAUUUUUCAAGCUUUAUCACGUGUGUUUAAAUUCAUAAUUCGUAACUUUAGUAAUAUGUUAAUUCAGACGUGGUAUAUAUGAUGUCUAUCUAAUGAAUAUUCUAGCUAGUGCGUGAUGUGUAAUAUCUGCCUUUCCUCCAAAGUAGAUAAAAAUUAUAACUUAAAUGCCAAUCAAAGAUGUUUUACUGUAAGUCCUUUGGACGAAAUCUAAUUGUGAGACCCCAAGAUAUAGUUUAUGUGCUAUAAAAAUUUGUGUUCUAAGAUUCGUUAUCAUUUUUCUGUUUUGAUUUUAUAUGAGUAAACAUGAAGUAAGAAUAUAAGUUGUAGUAAACCUUGUAACUGAACUUGUUUUUAGCAACUAUACAAUUACGGGUGUGACUACGCUAUAGUGUUUCAUGGGUUAAAAGCCGUAAAAAGUCGCCCCGACUUCAUCUCAGUGUUGUUAUAUUUUCUGGUCCUUCGGGAUCAUUGAUUUCAACUCAUUUAGAUUUGAAGAUUGAAUUCUGCUUAAGCCGGUGCUAGGGGGCGUGGGUAGUGUUGCAUUUUCUAUUACUGCUCAUGUACAGACUCAAUCAAACCGAGUCUGCAAUUUUCACUGUUUGCCUUGUUUUCGGUGCUUCCGAGGGAUCUACUUUUCAGAUUUUAGGUACAAACUGCGAUUUUACAAUUCAUCAGUUAAUUUGAACUUUUUUUUUCUUCAACUAUAGAAAGCACGUGGAGUUGUAGCAUAUGUUAAUGCAGUGUUACAGGGGCCCAUCCUGAGAUUUUCUGUGAAAUUCUGCAAGACAAAAUGGUGUAUUUUUAGUUUUUUCAGAUAAAACAAUCUCGACAAAACAUUUCAGAAAUGUACUCACAACUCGUCUGCAAUAUUGAAGCCAAGUUGAGGUAUUGUAAAGUUUUGACACUAUACAAUACAACUGUGUUAGUUUCAAGCGAUUUCAGACAAAAAUUUGGGCAAAAUGUCACACUACUUGCUUACAUAAUUGGAGUACACGUAGAGGAUUGUGUUCGUGGUCAAAGCUGUGCAUUUUAAACAACCUUCGAAAGAAAAUAUGAGAAAAUAAGGUUAAAAUGUUUGCAUUAGUGGCCUGCAUAAUUGUAAAGUAAAGUUAAAAAACAAGUAAAGAUGGGAUUUCAAGGGUCUUCCCUAAGAGUACUUUGAUAUUAUAAAAGACAAAAUGGUGCAUUUUAAGACAUCUCUGAUAAAGAAUUUGAGAGAAUCAGGUUGAAAUGUACACAUUUCCCGGCUGCAUAACUAGAGUAAAAAACAGAGAUGGAGUCCAGGAUCCUCCCCGCGUAAUUUUAAAUUGAUAGAAGAUAAAUGGGACAUUUAUACCAUCUCUAACAAAAAACCUUAGCAAAUCAGGUUAAAGUGUACGCAUACGACUACUCGUCUGUGUAAUUUUAGUGAAAGUAGAAGUGGAGUUCGGGACCCUCUUAGAGAAAUGAGGAAAAUUCAAUGAAGAGAACAGGUAGUGGGCUCAGAAAUUCUUAAGUUCCACAAGAAAAUGGUUCGUUUUUAAAGCCAGAUUAUGAAAUUGUUAGUAAAACUUUGUGUGAUUCACUAGCAAAUGUACAAAAUUAAAUGCUUAUAUGAGAAAUGAUUGGAGGGAAAUGUAUGACUAUGUUUAGGAGUUACCGUUGACUCUACAAUCGCACAAGAACCAAAACUCAAUGUCUCUUUCGUAAGCCAGUGUACAAUAAGUCAAGUCGAGAUAUCAUUUCCAUCAAUAUAUGUAUAUAUGACUCGGGCAUUUCUUGAUUGGACACAUCAAAAUGAGUUUUCAGUACACAGAAAUCCUAAAAUGGACAAAGAAAUAUUUACAUCUACGAAGGGGAUUUGAAUAAACCAUAUAUAGACAUAGACAAAUCGGGUAAGAUAUUUUUUAUCAAAUGUAUCUGUUUUGUUUAGAGCGAAAACAGAACUUUUAUAGAUAUAUCAAAUGUGAAAAAAAAAGAUAUGUAUACUUUUUUUAUAUAAAACUUGUCGUUUUCUAUUCAGCCCGUUAAACAAUUUCAUAUCGUCGGUGAUAACAUCUGAAACUCGUCUUCAAUUAUUCUGCGAUAUACGUGAUAACUUCAGUAUGUUGUCAGAUGUAAAUGAUGUCAUUGAUUUAUCUAUGGUGGCUUUUAGGGUGUCUCGUGAUGUUGCAUUGGCCUGCACGUUUCUUUGUGUCGUCCUGGCACGCACCUCAAACAUCAUAACAAAAUUUUAAAAGUGUGUGUUGUUUUGCAAAACAAACUGAUAAAGAUACAAAGAACUCGACAUAAAGAUACAUUUAAUUUCGUAUUUAACAGAGAGCUCGUUUCAUACAUUCGAUGGAUUCUAAAACUGUCGUGGAGAAAUUGUUUCUUUUUUUGUGCAGUGAAGAGAAAACGUCCGGUAAGAGGACUGUACUGGUUUCUCCAAGGAAAGACGGCUUUGUGUGUAUCGUAGCUAUACACCGGACACGUUUAAAGAACCAGAUUGUCUAUUCACAAAGAACUAAGCUAAGUUAACCGGACAAGCAUGUAUCCAGAAGGGAUUUCUCUCUCUCCCUUUAUUAUUAUUAUUAUUAUUAUUAUUAUCAUCAUUGUAUAUCAUAUUUAUAUAGCACUCUUUUCAUAUAAAAAUACGUUCAAAAGUGCUUUACAUAAACAACAUCUAUAUAAUGUUCAAUACAAAUGGUAAUUGAACUAUUAUAGAAAACAGUUUAAAAUUACAUUACGAUAGUAAGAUACCUAGCAUUUUAAAUUUGAUGUAUGCAGAUCUAAUCAUGAAACAAAAUACAAUAUCGUAAAAAACAUUAACUAACUGAUCUAUUAAAGACGAUUAAUUUCGCGCCCUGCUAGGCUUCGUUUGUGCUAUGUAAAGCGUCUUUGCAUAUUUAUCAUGGAAAGGGCGCUAUAUAUAUGUGGUACAAUAAUAAUGAUAAUGAUGUAACGUCAUCCGGUUGCUCAAACUUACAUAUCAAUUAUUUAUCAAAGUUUCCAGCUAGAUGGAAAAAUGAUAACAUUUUUGCAGAAAUAUUCUAGAAUGAAAUUGGAAAGAAAUGCCACGGCUCUUCAGGGACAUAUCUAGCUAAUAACUAUCUUCGUACCUGUAAGAAGUGGCAAUUGUUUAAUUUUUUCAAUCAGUAAAAAAAAAAUAUUGGGUUUUCCAUAAUGCAGUGAAGUCAUGGUCACGUGACUGAGAUACUUGAUGAAACGAUAAUAUUGCGCAGGAAGACUUCAGCAGGUACGUACAUUCACUUACAUUCUACCCUGCAGUUUCUACACAAACAUAGAACAAUAUAACGUUACGUAGCUCUAAAUCAUCCACAGACAUUCAAGUUUAAGUACAUUUUAUUUUUGGCAUUUAAAUACAUUAUCUAGACGGGAAAAGAACACUAUAUACUGACACAGACUACUUUCAGUUUUCAGUGUGACCACAGGGGCAGAUUCGACGAAUUACUACCUUCGUUCCUUAUUUGAGCACUUUCUCAAGAAUCUGCGCAUUUCGAGUAGUAACAAAGUCAGAAAUUCAUCGAAAACGAAAGUUGGAUAACAGGAAGUAAAAUAUCUGUGAAAUGAGUCACCAAGAAGAGUUGGAGAAAAAGAAAUACAGAAACUGGGUGAGAGGUGGACUGGCGUAUAAAUAUCUUAAAGAAGGUAUAAAAGGAUUUGCUGAUGAUGUGGUUGAAGAAGAACGCAGGAAAAUUAAUCAGGACGUCAUAUCCGGACGUAGCUGUAACAAAUGCAGCAUUAGAAACCUGCGACCAUUGCAUACUUGUAAGAAGGAUCAUGCAGGCAGAAACAAAUGUGCAUGGGGCCAAAACAGCUGUAACUGUCUGUAUAGAAAGAAACAGCGUUGUCCUGCUAAAGUAUGCGACGUUAUUAUGGAAGAAAUUCUAAAAAAUCACGCAUCGACACCGCCUUCACCAAACUGGAAAAAUACAGAUCUACAGAAAUGGUGUUCAGCUCCAUGGGAGAUCGCAAAAUGUUUCAUCAAUGCACCAGGAUAUUCUGACAAGUCUACGGCAGACGAUAUUGACAUUUCAGGGUUACUUCAUGUUUUCAUCAACAAUAUCAGCUACAAAACACACUUGUCUGACAACAUAAACAGGGGCGAUAUAUUUCAAAAGAUUCUACAAAGAAGAAAUGAAUUAUUUCAUUCACCGACCAUGGAAAUGGAAAACACCAAGUUGAAUGCAUGUAUAGAUGAAAUCAUAGCAAUUCUUGAGGAUGAAAAAGAACUGAAAGCAAGACAUGAUGCUCAAUCAGCAGUCGUAAAACUUAAACAGUUGAAGCAAGAGAACUUUAUCAUCACCACACACAACGAGGUCGAUGUUUGCAGAGAAGCUCUAACAUCCAUUACCAACGAUGCAGAGGAACUGAAACAAACGAUUCAAGAUGCCAAAGAUGACAUUGCUAAGAAACAAGCAGAAGCUACUGAAGCGGUAGGUGAAGAGGCAAAAAAAGUUCUGCGAGACAAUUUGGGAGAAUCAGACAAUCAGAAUGAGACACUAUAUGAAAGAGUUGGACGGCUUGAACAGCGUCUUACAACACUGGAGUGUAGAGUAGACAAUCUGGAAACAAUACGUCAAAAUCAGCAGAAAAAGUUAGACUACGUGGAAGGAAAACAAGCGCUUCAGAAUGGCUUGGUGAAAUUAUAUCAGCAGCAUUAUGUAAAAACAUCUAUUUCACCUCUAAAAUCCCAAGAGAACGACAUCAGCAUAAACGAAGUUUAUGUUUCACCACAAAUGGCAGUAGAAGAACAAACAAAGUCCAAUGAUGGCCAAGACAGAAAAGUAGAAAAGCGCACGCCCCAAAGAAAAUAUAUACAUGGAUAUCGUCAAAUAUUUCAAACAAAUGGACAAAAACAUAAAGCAAUUUAUAUAGUUGGCGAUGUUGGAACUGGGAAAAGUUCUUUCUGUAAAAUGAUGAUUCAAAACUGGUGCGCUGCUUUUACAAAUAAUUCAGUCAGUAUUGUUUCUGGCAGCAAGCGUGGCAGUUCUACUGAGCCUGAUACCGGAGCUACUUCCGAAGAUAUAAAGAAGUCAGAUACAGAUAAUAUUAAUGAGAUUAGAAAUUUUGAUUUUCUUUUCUUCGUACCCUUGCAGAAAAUGUCAGGACUAAGCGAUAUAACUGAAAUGAUCAAAGCGAUAGUUACAGACGCCGGUCUUGCGGCAAAUGACGUGAUAAACGGAAUACUUGAGCGAGAAUCGGAACGUUGUCUUAUCGUUGCAGACGGAUUGGAUGAAUGGACUCUUCCAAAAGAUAAAUGUCGUUUAUCACAUAUCAGUUAUGGUUUGCCAAAAAGAGACAGAGCAAAACAUGCAACGGUCAUUACACUUUCUCGACCGUCAGCUAAAGGAAUACUCAACAUGAAAUCUUCAGAAUGUGACAAAAAAGUAGAAUUAUUAGGAAUUGAUAUAAAUUCAGUUGAAUGUUUCACUGAAAAGUACCUGUCAAAGUCUAACAAUAAAGGUAUAUCUUCAAGGGCAUUCAUGGAGAAAGUCAAAUCGGCGGAACUUAAACAUCUAGAGAAAACCCCUCUGCUUUUGCAACAACUGGCAUGGUUGUACUGCAACGAAAUUGAAUUUGGAAAGUCUAUAAGUGAUACAUACAGUCAUAUUAUUAAUUUCAUGCUUGGCUGGACACAGAACAAAGAAGAGGAAGAAGACGUGGAAGAAGAUCAAAUUGGCGAUACAAAUGAGGAUAAAGACGAGAAGCUCCCCGUAAUGUUACAUAAUUUUGACAGAUGUGAGGCAAACAAAAGAUAUCUCCUUCCAUUAGCUAGAGUUGCAUUUGGAGCCUUGACUUCAGAAACGGGGUCAAACGCAUUCGGCAGAAAACAACUGCGAAAGAGAGGUGUGUCAAAUAUUUGUAUAAUUACACUCAUAAAGUUUGGAAUCCUGGUAGAAGAGAAUUGCUUUGAUCCGACAAAAGAGAACACUAGGUUAGCAUUCAUCCACAUAUCCUAUCUUGAGUUUUUCGCCGCUGUACAUGUAUCCGGUCAAUAUAACAAAGAUCAGUGUUCAAUACAUCAAGAUACUGUUUUGGAAGAACUAUUUCGAAAUUGUAAAUCAGCUGCCGACAUACUACAGUUAUCUAAUGUUCUUAAAAUGAUAUGUGGAAUGUCUCCAUACUUAAUAUCAGAACUGUCAAAAAUGAUUUCAGCUAUUGUAUCUAGGGAUGAAAAUAUGAUAGCAUAUAGAGACGAACUGACAGAGUAUUUGUGGCACAAACCAAUCCACGAACUUGAACAGAUUCAGCAUCUUAUGUUCAACUGUCUAUCCGAGGGAAAUUCGGAUGAUCAAUCGAUGUUCAGUCUUUGUGAUGUUAUCAUACUCUACUCUACAGAGAUGUCCUUUCUACAAAGAAUAAUACCAGAGAAUGUGUUAUCUGUUUAUGCUAGUUUAAUCUCAGAUGAAAUAUGGAGAUGGAUUGUACAACUGAAACAACUUCAAUAUCUGUACAUUCCUUUUAGUAAAUUACCCCAAAGUGAGAUGGUAUUGUUAUGCUCAUUUAUACAAGAAACACGUCUAAGAUAUCUUUCAUUGAACCGUGUAGAUUGCAAACAGUGUUAUUGUAAAGGUCAUACGAUUGAUUUUUCUAAAAAUGAUAAGCUUCAGAUACUUCAACUUUUAAACUGUAACCGAGUGAUGAUUCCUGACAUUAACACUAAACAUCUUGAAAAAUUACAUUUGCGUUCAUCUAGGACAUUAGAUAUUGAUCUUCUGUUAAAUGCAAGCAGUCUGACAGAACUUCAAUUUGGAUAUGAUUUAUAUCGUAGUUUUGCAUAUGACAAAGAAGUGGAUUCUGUGGUACAUACCUUACAUCAGUUACGGAAACUCAGAUUAGUUGAGGCAAAUAUUGAUACGAAUGCUCUCACUGUUACAUCCGAGAUGAGAAACCUUGAACACAUUGAACUACUUGACAUCCAAAUGAGCCAGGAAACAUGGCGUACAUUCGUUGAUAGUCUCCUUACUCUUCAACAAUCUGUAUCUGUAUCUGUAUCUUUAUGUUAUUCAUCUUUUACAAUAGACCACUACAAAAACUAUGUAAGACAGAAUAAAAUGUUUGAAGUGAUAAAAGAUCACAGGAAGGGUUUAGAAUUUAGGACAGAAAAAUAAUUGUAACUAGCUCAACAUUUUCAUACCUGGAAAUAUUGAGAACUGAAAGUGAAACCGUUACAUUAUUUCUGGCAGAAAAAAAGAAAACAUUACAUUAUUUCUGUCGGGAAGUGGAAACAUCACAAUAUUUUUGACCGAAAGUUAGAAAUGACAAGAGAUUAUAUAAAUGUACAUUAGAUUUUUAAAUUCCAUUUGCUUUAAAAAUGUGAACGCUGUGUUCAGAUAUCAUGAUGCGACACUUGUACUCUUACUGAAAAAUAAAUAGAAUGAUGAAACUAAAUCAUUAUAA